UCUCUCUCUCUUUAUCUGCGCCUGCGCAUCAGGGAGGGAGCGGAAGUGACUAACAUCCUGAGGGACCUGGAGGGCGAUCGGGGCUGAGCUCUGAGCUCAGCUCGAGCCUGGCUGCUGUGGCUGUUUGUCCCGUCUCCCUCUCUGUCUCUUUCCUGGCUGUCUGUCCGCCCCGCUUUGGGAGGAGAGGGGACUGCUUUGUGUAUCCCUCCGUCUCCCCAGUCAGUCUUAUCUGUCAGUCGUUGUCCCCCUUUCUGUCUCUCCCAGCCUGUCCCUCCUCCCCACCUUUGUAAAAAAGAGCACACGCUGGGCUGGCCUUCUCUCGCUUUUCUUCCUCAGGGACUACUUUGCCUGCCCUCCCUUUGCUUCACUGAGGACUAGCCUCUUUAGGCUGCAAAAAGCUGCCCACUCAGUUGCUAUUGGCAGGGGUAGAGCUGCCCAGCCUUAUCUAGGCUGGCCUUGUGUCAAUUUGGGGUGGUGGUCUGUCUCUGUCUUUAUUUCUGGUCUGGGGGGAAGAAUACACCUUUUUCUCUUCUAAGUGUCUGUGUGCGUUGUUGUUUUGGGAGGGCUGCUUUGUUUGUCCUUCUGUAGUACAAACACUUUGCCCUUUUUUGAGGGGGAUCUCUCUCAACCUCUCUCUGUUAGGCACAGACUGCUCCCCCCCCCCAAGUUGAGAACCCUUCCUGUUUUGAUCCUCUGCAUCUCGGCCCCUGCCCAGUAGCUUUUCCUGACCCAUCUCUGUCUCUGCCCGCUUGCCUACCUACCUGUGGGCUUCUUAUUUCAAGAGUUGGGGUCUGCCCCCUUCUUCCCCUCUCCCCCAACUGUUUCAAAUGUGACUCUGUUCCUCAGGUUAGACUCUCCUUGCUGCAAAUCGGGGUCCUGGUACGCCUGCCUGCUCCCCUUGCCCUGUCCCCUGGUUAUUUUCUCUGUCUCGGUGAGCUAGUUUCAGCAUCCGCAAGAAGGCACCAUGUCCGUGGCCGGUCUAAAGAAGCAGUUCUACAAAGCAAGCCAGCUGGUCAGCGAGAAGGUUGGAGGGGCCGAGGGAACGAAGCUGGAUGAAGACUUCAAAGAAAUGGAGAAGAAAGUGGAUCUCACCAGCAAGGCGGUCACUGAAGUGUUGGCUAGGACCACAGAAUACCUCCAGCCUAAUCCUGCGUCCCGGGCCAAGCUGACGAUGCUGAACACGAUGUCCAAGAUCCGAGGGCAAGUGAAGAACCCGGGCUACCCGCAGUCGGAAGGGCUGCUUGGCGAGACCAUGAUCCGGUAUGGCAAAGAGCUGGGCGACGAGUCUAACUUUGGCGAUGCGCUCCUUGACGCGGGCGAGUCUAUGAAGCGCCUGGCCGAAGUGAAGGACUCUCUGGAUAUCGAAGUCAAACAGAACUUCAUCGACCCACUUCAGAACCUGUGCGACAAGGACUUGAAAGAGAUCCAGCACCAUCUGAAGAAGCUGGAGGGCCGGCGCCUGGACUUCGACUACAAGAAGAAGCGGCAGGGGAAGAUCCCGGACGAGGAGCUUCGUCAAGCCCUGGAGAAGUUUGAGGAGUCCAAGGAAGUGGCAGAGACAAGCAUGCACAACCUCUUGGAGACAGACAUUGAGCAAGUCAGCCAGCUGUCGGCACUAGUAGACGCUCAGCUGGAUUAUCACAGGCAAGCCGUGCAGAUCCUCGAUGAGCUCGCAGAUAAACUCAAGCGCAGAGUGAGGGAGACUUCCUCGCGCCCCAAGCGAGAGUAUAAACCAAAGCCCAGAGAAUCCUAUGAGUUUGGAGAGAGCGACCAGUCCAACGGCGGCUUUUCCUGCAACCCUGCCCCCAAAGUCUCAGCUUCUUCCUCUUUUCGAUCCGAAAAAACAUCCCGGACCCCCAGCAGGACUUUUUCUCACUUGGACCAGCCCUGUUGCAAGGCCUUGUAUGACUUCGAGCCGGAGAAUGACGGCGAGCUGGGCUUCAAGGAAGGCGACAUCAUCACCCUGACCAAUCAGAUCGAUGAGAACUGGUAUGAGGGCAUGAUCAACGGCCAGUCGGGCUUCUUCCCCCUCAACUACGUGGAAGUGCUGGUCCCGCUACCUCAGUGAAAGGGCCUCCGCCUGCCCACCUCCCUCUCUCAGCUUCCCUCCCAGGUGGCCUCUUUUAUUGUUAUUUUGACCUCUUCUCCCUUCCCUCUGCAUUCCUCGUCUCACAUACACACUUGUUGAUGCAAGCCAAGAGGGAGUGAAAAAAGAGAGGUGGAGGGGAGGGAUUGCUUCUUUUACCGCCCCCCCUUACAUUCCAUGUGAUAUACCAAACACUAAUUCCCCAUCCGAUGAGUGGGAACCGUUUUACAUUGGGGAAAAGUGUGAUCGUACCAGCAAUGUGGAGCAGGAGAGCCAAGCCCAUUGGGAGGGAAGGCAGAGCACAAAGGGGGCCUGGAACUGAACCCCGUCUCCUCUCCCACCUCUCUCCCUACCUACCCACCCGGUUCUCUUCUAGUGCUUGAGUUAAAGACAUCUUGAGCCAAAUUGGGGAGGGGUGUGUGUGUGUGCUUUUGUACACUGUUAAGUGUCCCAUUUUAUGGUAGGGGAUCAAGCUCUUAUGGGUGUGAAGCAUGCUGCCUGGAGAUGGGGGGGAUUUGGGGAGCACGCUACUGUGAUUCUCUGAGCUGUCUUCCUUGUGGGUUUGUGAAGGGGGGGCAGGUAUCACUGGGCUGGCCUGGAGACCAGCCCUUUUGAGCCAGGGAGUGAGUGUCUGAGAGAGCACACACUUGUACAUGCACACAGGAAGCACAGCUCAGCAGGAAUAGCGGCCGCCUGCCUGGCUUCUAUUAAACACUACCAGAGUGUUGUGCGCAAUGCUGGUCUACCUCCAAACAGACCCAUUGAAAUCAGCGCGCAAGUCUGGCGUGGGUCCGUUAAAUCGGGUUUGACUCUGAGAAGGUAUCACCCGUUUAGGUACAACUCAGCAAUCUUUCUCACUUGCACCAUUUAGCAACGAAAGGACUUCUUUUGUUUAAUUAAGCAAUCUUUGGGGGGAGAGGUGGUCCUUCUCUCCCCCCCCGUCUCCAGCUCAGUUUUUCUGCACCCCAUACUGGGGGAGUGUCCUAAAGUUUUGGCUUGGGAGGAGAACUCAGACAUGCUGCCUGUGCGCCAGCACUGGGCAGUGCCUCUCCUGCCCCGUUUAGCUUUUUCCUGAGAGGAAUGCAAGAGCUCCUGAUGCAUACCUCCGCUCCCCCAGACCCGCAUGGUUUGGCUACAACUGGCCCACCGUGACUGGCUGACAGCCAGGGAGGGGGGGCUGUUUUGUGCCCGGUUUCAUGCCAUCAAGCAGGCGACUGCAGAUUGCAAAACGGGAGUGAUCAUGGAGGUAUCUUUUUUGAUAUAUAGAGAAAGGAGGGCACGAGGGACAGGCUCCUGUCAUCUUUUUCCCCCCCACUCCCUGAUGUGCAAGCUUUCUACAGACAGGGAUUUUUUUUAACAAAUACAAUUCAGAACUACCUCCCUCCCCCCAAAAAACGCAGUUUGGUGGCAGAAGUCCAAGAUUCACAAUUUGUCCUGCUAGUCUGGACGUUGGCAGACUGUCGCAGCUCAUUUUUGUGUUGCUGGGGCGAUAUCUUGCAACGUUGCCGGGAUUUUCUUUUUGGUGGGGGCUGCAAACAGAUGAUUUCUCAUCUACUUCUAGUUGCAACUUGCACACAUCCCUCAAAACAGUGACAAGACAUGGCUCUAAUUCUUUCUGCCCCCAUUCAAUGUUGAAUGUUCCACAUGGGGUUUGAACCCAGUGCCAGCUUAGACCGAGCAGACUAGCUGUGUGGCUUAAAUCCUCACCUCUGCCCCACCCCAAUUUUUUCUCUUUCUAGAGGUAACUAAAUCUGUUCUUUUCUUCCAAAUGCAGCCGUAUGCACCAGGCAUGGGAGAUCUGUAGAGGGCUUGAUUUUCAGUGGGAAUACUUCAGACAGUCUACGAACCCUUUCAAUAAUUCUGCCUCCCCCCCCCAAAAAAAAAAAAAACUAAUGUCAUUACAUUCUCCCACUGCAGGCAGAGGGACGAAACACUGCAAGGUUCAAUUGGCUUUUACUUUCUUUUUUUGCUGGUGGGGGCUGUAUGCACGACAGUCUUGCAAUUUGCUUCUCUUCCCCCUCACGUCCCAAAAAUUCCUCCCUCCCAGUUUUUACCAAUGGAGGGCAAGGUAUGAUUCUCAGAAAUACCCACUUUUUUUUUUUUGCUACAGUACCACAGUUCCUUUCUUUCCAGUUGUCACACCCCCAAAGUAUUUUCUGUACACGUACUAUUUAUAUAGAUAUAUCUUGACUCAACUUAUUUGUAGUUAAUGGCCCCUCCUCGCCCAGCAAGUCUUUGGGAUGUUUGGGGGGGGGAGAGCGAGGGGGGGAUUUUUCCUGUAAUCAUCUCUCUCCUACAGGCCGCUUCAAUUUUUUUAUCAACCUUGCCCUUUGCUCAGUAUCUUUAGAUAUUGUUGCAAAACUCCCUUUUAAAAAGCAAAACCCCAGACACGUUCACAUGGUAGCUCUCUCGUCUAUUCGAUCCCUGACGUGACUCCUAAGGUUUGAUGGUCCGCCUGUUCUGAACCUCUUAUCCCCCCUCCCCAACACACACGCACACAGUACAUUCACAAAGAACCAAUAACGUUUGGGUUGCAAACCUGAUCUUGUGUGUGUGUGCGUGUGAGAAAGAGAGAGGGUCGUUGCAGCUGGAUGCAGCUGUUUUGGACCCCCGGCCGCAAACCUCCAAUAUUUCUCAGGACCAUAGGAGGAGCAAACCACAGACAUACUACUUUCUUGCUGGAGGGAGGGCUUUUGUAAAUACCGGCUUCCUGAUAUGUAGCUGUGUCAUGCCAGAGUGUAUGGUCUGGCGCCUGUUCCGUUGGAGUGAAGCAAGUCUCUCUCUCUCCCCCCCUAACUUAGUCUGGGCAGUUUUAUUUUGGGGGUGGGGGGGAAAACCCUUACUUUGUUCUUGUUCAUGGGUUUGCCGUUACUCCCUGCUUCCCCCUUCUGUUUUGGAAUAAUAAAAGAAAAACCUUGUAUCCUUGAAAUAAAAAAAAGUAUUAAAUGUU